AGAUCAAUUUUAUGAAGAAAUUGUGUAAGGAAUGCAAGCGCAUGACAAUAAACGUGGAUGGCGAUGCCGUAUGAAGAUAUAGAGAGCAAGGGAUCAACUCGAGUAGCGAGUAUUUUAUACAUACUGCAUUAAAGAAGAAUAUACUGUACCUGAAGAUCCAUCGAACAUCAAACGUUCAAAAUAUUAAGACUGUUGCAAUGAUUCAAUUAAAGUUGAGCACAAAAGCGAUAGCUUUUGGCAUUGUUUUGUUACUUAUCAAAGGGCAAGGCGAAAUCGGAGGUCAUUCGCUGCCACACACACAAGGACACAGCGAACCAGAUGAAAUCGUCCCAGAGUUCUUGGCGCAAUUGACGAAUAUAACUGUACCCCAAGGAAGAGACAUAUCCUUCACCUGUGUUGUUGAUAAUUUGGGCCAAUAUCGGGUGGCAUGGAUUAAAUCUGAUUCAAAAGCAAUACUUGGCAUACACACACACAUGGUCUCACUAAAUCCCAGAUUAUCUGUGACACACAACGGCCACAACACCUGGAAACUUCACAUAUCUCGCGUACAGAUAAAUGACUCCGGCAGCUACAUGUGCCAAGUGAAUACGGAUCCCAUGAAGAGCCUUUCAGGCUACUUAGAUGUUGUUGUGCCUCCGGAUAUUCUAAAUCACCCAGACCAUAAUCUCGAGGAAGGCGUCAGCACUGAGGGUGGCAGUAUUGUACUCGUGUGUAGUGCGACCGGCGUACCCGAGCCCAAGGUGCAGUGGCGCCGUGAAACGGGAAAGGAUAUUAUACUGCGAGCAGAGACCAGAGACAAACAAGCACUUAAAUCUGUCGAAGGAGAAAGACUUACUCUGACCAAUGUCCAACGUUCAGAUAUGGGCGGCUACAUUUGUAUUGCUUCCAACGGUGUGCCGCCGUCAGUGAGCAAGAGAUUUGACGUACACGUAAACUUUCCACCCACAAUUAAAGCUGUCAAUCAGUUGGUCGGCGCUCCUGUGGAGAGAGAGGUUACAUUGGAGUGCAUUGUAGAAGUCUAUCCCAAGCCACUGAAUGGAUGGUACCGCAAUGAGGGUAACAUCAAAUUGCACAACGGAAAUAAGUACAACAUAUCUGAAGAAAUGAUUAACCUGUAUACAUGGCAUCUUAAUCUAACCAUCCGGCACCUGACUAAAUCCGAUUUCGGCGCUUACAGUUGCUCCAGUGUGAAUGCCCUUGGAAAGAGUGAAACUCGCAUCAGACUACAAGAAUUACGAUUACCGCCCAAGUCGACAACGACGCCAACACCUCACGUGCACACAACGGCAAAACCGCGUCGGAAGCAGCAACCCGGCCACAACAAGGGACUGAACGAAGUGGUGCGUGCCAAGGAAACCCAUUUCUCAAAUCAAAUGCAGCAGGAGAACGACGUAUUCGGCGGUGGGAUUGGUCUGCCCCAGAGCGCCAACAGUGGUAAUGCUGGUAGCGUAGUUGAAAGUGGAAACGUCAACGGCAUGAUAAACGGAGCGGAAGUGCAUACACAACUACCUGCACGGAACGGAUAUGAAAAGACACAUAAGUCGGCUGGCGCUGUACCAUCACCCCGUUCGCCAUGGAACUUUGAGAGUGCGGGGUCCCAGCUGCAUGCCAGCACCACGAUAGCGACAAACUCUCUGGUGUUUUUUCUUUCUUGCGCACUGUCCGUGUGUACAAGCAUGUAUAUGCUCAUUUAAAAGCACGCUCCCCAAAGAAUCCCCGGUGCGAUGCCACGAAUGGAAGGGGAGAGCUAUGCGGCUGCUUUUAAGUUAAGAGUAGUUCUGGGUCUAUCGGUGUUGGUCAGUGCAGAUCCGGUGGUUGGGCAGUACGUAGUUAUCAAUUGACUCGUCUGCCUCAUAAAUUAGUAUGUCUUAUUAGCUAGACAAAGAAAAUCGAAUAUACAUACAUAUUUACACAUACACAUUGUAUGUCAUAUAAGUUGGAAGCAUUGCUACAGGUUUUAAGACAUUAACAACUUAGUACUAUUCGCAUACAAUUUACCUACUCAAGAAUCUAUAUGCUACUUACAUAUUAUUUCGUGUUUACUCAAACAGACAGUAAUGAGUAUUGAUGAGUUACUUCGGAGUUAAGGAACUGCACUUCCAACUUUUCCAUUUCAAAAGAUACUUACAAGAAAAUAUUAACUGAAAUA